AUGCGUUUCGGAAAGACCCUGAAAGCUUCUAUAUAUCCUCCAUGGGAAGGGAAAUACAUCGACUAUGCAAAGCUCAAGAGCCUUCUGCGCGAGCGUGAUCUCGCGGGCGACGACAGCGACUCUGAAACCCAGCCAUGGACCGAAAUAGAUGAGGAAUCAUUCGUGCAGGAGCUGAUCAAUGUCCAAUUGGACAAGGUCAAUGCCUUCCAAUCUGAGACAUCCCAGCAGUUGCGCGAGCGCACCAAUGCUUGCGAAGCGAAGCUGAUGCCUCUUGCCAAGAGGCCUGUUGACGAUGGCACAGAGCAUGAUGCAAGUGAAGACAAAAAGUGGAAGCAGAUUGCCGAGGAGGUGGUUGUGGAACUCGACAACAUCACCAAGGAGGUCAGCGAGCUAGAGAAAUACAGCCGCAUCAACUUCUCCGGUUUUCUCAAGGCGGCUAAGAAACACGACCGUAAGCGUGGUGCGCGCUACCGAAUCCGGCCACUGCUUCAAGUGCGGCUUUCUGAGCUGUCGUUCAAUUCUGAGGAUUACUCCCCUCUUUUGCAUCGGUUGUCCGCGAUGUACACUUUCACCCGCCAGCUGCUUGGCAUUGGACUUCCUGACGACCAAGAAGCCGGUGCGGAGACACGACCGAUCCACGAUGCUUACGUAUCUUACAAAUUCUGGGUGCACACGGACAAUGUUGUCGAGGUCAAAACGCACAUUCUGCGUCGACUGCCUGUUCUGCUGUAUAACCCAACGACAUCUAAAGAGUUGGAUGUCUCACAGCGGGAUCCAACGAUAACAUCGUUAUAUUUCGAUAACUCAUCAUUUGAUCUAUACAACCAAAAGGUCACGCGUGCGUCAGAAGCUGAGUCUCUGCGACUUCGUUGGUCGGGAGACCUGAACGAGUCUCCAGCCAUAUUCCUGGAAAAGAAAACAGCGUUGGAGGACAAUUGCAGCCGUGAAACACGAGUACAGCUCAAGGCGAAGCACGUCCAGGAAUUCCUCCGGGGCGAGUAUAAGUUCGAGAAAAAGGUUACUCGGUUGGAAGGUAGAGCACAGGGAGGAUCGCAGGCAGCAGAAGCACUGAAAACGGAGGUAGAAGAGCUGCAGACGUUUAUCAAAGAAAAAGAUCUGCAGCCCAUGCUUCGGGCAAAUUAUACCAGAACUGCGUUCCAAAUUCCUGGAGAUGAUCGCAUUCGUAUUUCGCUUGACACCAACCUUGCCCUGAUCCGAGAGGACGCUUUGGACCCAGAGCGGCCUUGUCGUGAUCCGGAAGACUGGCACCGGAGGGACAUUGACGAAUUGGCCAUGGAAUAUCCUUUCAGCUCCAUCCACAAGGGCGAGAUUGUGCGGUUCCCUCAUGCUUUGCUGGAGAUCAAGUUGCGCAAUAGCGCUCGUAAUGUUGAGUGGUUGAAUGAUCUCAUGGUCUCGCAUCUCGUCAAAGAGGCACCGCGAUUCUCCAAAUUCGUGCAUGGAGUGGCGCAGUUGUUUGAGGACAAUAUCAACACGCUCCCCUUCUGGCUUGGAGAAUUAGAGAACGACAUCCGGCAAGACCCGCAGACGGCGUUCCAGCACGAACAGGAGCGACUGGCUCAGCGUGCCGAGGAGGACUUGGUUGUGGGAAGCUUUUUGGGUUCGAAAUCUAGCCCUCUGCAGUCGAUGAUGGGCGCCGGAAGGGGAUCCCCGGGACGCUCAUCGAUGUUGACUGGCACUUCACCUGUCAUUGAGCGCACGCCAAGACCGAGUGUUACUAGAGAAAGCAUUCAGGCAAUGAAACCAUCUCCAGCGGCUGAUGCGAUCACAUCUCAACCUGCUGCUGAGCGUGGGCCCGAAGCCGAGACUAGAGACGAAGGAGCAACAAGCUCAUCUUAUCUGGAGAACCUGUUCCCGUCAUUCUCCAAGUCUCGAUAUGCACAGGCACAUCGCGGCACUGCUGCUCUGCCGCCCGGCGUUUCAGCGCCCGAGGUUUGGAUUAAGGACACCGGGCCAGUGCGUGUUGAGUCCAAGGUAUGGCUCGCCAACCAACGCACCUUCAUCAAGUGGCAACAUGUCAGCAUCCUACUAGCAUCGUUAUCACUAGCGUUAUACAACGCGGCAGACAUCAACAACACCGUCGCGCAGGCACUGGCUAUUAUCUACACGGCUUUUGCGGUUUUCGCGUCUAUCUGGGGGUGGUACAUGUACGAGAAGCGAGCGCGACUGAUCCGGGAGCGCAGCGGCAAAGAUCUGGACAACUUGUUCGGGCCGCUUGUUGUUUGUUUUGGGCUUGCGGCUGCGCUUGUGCUGAACUUUGGGUUCAAGUACCGAGCGGCGUUGAACGAGGCGCGUGGAAACGGGGUUUCUGAUAUCCUGGCCAACACAACGGCCACGAUAGGGAUCAAGCUGAACCGAGUACAUACCCAGCUGGUCAGACGGAUCAGUGAUCAAUCGAUGCUCCACGAGGAGGUCUCUCGGCCCGUCACCGAGGCCUUGAUAUGGACCUUUGUGGCCGUCAGCAGCCUGUUCAUGGCCGCCAGACUGUACACGCGGCUGCGCAUCGUGCACAAGAUCGGACUGGAUGAUUAUAUCACGGGUGUAUCCCUGAUAUGCGCCUACCUCUUCGCCGCCCUCGUGUCGACAUCGAUCUACUGGGGCAUGGGUGCGCACGCCGACACACUCAACACCCAACAAACCGAAAGAGCACUCCUCUACAGCACCGCGUCCUUCGCGCCGGGCAUCCUAUCAUUCACAGUCCCGAAACUGGGCGUGACAGCGCUGCUGAUCCGCAUCUUGAACCCUUCUCCGCGCACGGCGCUGGGGCUAUGGAUCUUUGUGGGUGCCGUUGUGCUGCUCAAUUUUGGCUGUGUGAUUAUAUUGUUUGCGCAGUGUGCGCCGACUAGGGCGCUGUGGGUGCCGGCGCUGCGUGAACAGGUUGGCACGCGGUGUUGGAGUGCGGACGUAUUGGCCGAUUAUUCGAUUGUGACAGGGGCGCUCUCUGCACUGGUCGAUCUCUUCCUGGCUGUGUAUCCGGCUACGGUGCUGUGGAAGUUGCAGAUGAACCGGAAGAAGAAGAUAGGCCUGAGCAUGAUCCUGGGCAUGGGCGUGUUUGCAUGCGCAAUCUCAAUCUACAAGACAACCCGCCUUACCGGUCUGGACUCCGGGCCUGAUUCUACAUAUAACUCCUUCAGCGUCUUCCUCUGGACAAGCAUCGAAGGAAACACAAUCAUAAUAGCCGCCUGCAUACCCACCAUUGCACCCCUUCUCGAAUCCAUCUUUGGCCGCCGCGUCUUCUACAACGCCUCCUCAGAGCCGUCCUACGUCAUGCCAACAUACUGCGAGGUAUGCAACAACUUUGUCUGCAGACGGGGCCAAAACACAGCUAGCCACUCCACUUCCAAGAACCACAGCAACUCCAAUCCCAAAAGGCAAAGGAAACAGCAACAACAACAAUUCAAAUCCCCAACACACUCCACCUCAAUUACCAUAGCGCGCAAUAAAGAGCAGCACUGCCAGGAAGGCGGUUCAUCGACGCUGAUUAUCAGCGCCACUACCUCCCGCCAUAGUCAUAGCCACGGCCAUACACAUAACGCCCACAAAAAGAAUAAAACCUACAACAUGAGCAGAUCAGACCUCGAGAGUCAGACCAGCAUCCUCGAAUCCGACGAUGAGUUUGAGCUUGAGCAUGGACAUGGACAUGAGCAUGAUGAUAACAGCAUACCCAUGGACCAUAUUGCGCGCCGCGACGAGUUCACGCUUGCAUAUGAAAGAUUUGAAAGACGAGAGAGUAUGUCUGGUUCUGAGGGGACGAAAAAGAAGAAGAGGAGGUCAAGUGCGGUUUUGCAGGCGUGGAGGGGUUUCACAAAUCACAAUCAGGUAUACGGUCAUAAUGAUGGGUCUAGAUCUGGAUCCUGA